AUGAUGGCUUCAUCAUUCACGACGGCCUUGGCCCUCUUUGCACUUGUUCGGACCGCCGUCAGUCAAUCUGCUAUCGCCGAAAGCUACCUCAAAGGCCAGUGGAGGGACGAGCGUGGCUGUUUGGAUCUACAGUUGAAUAUCUCUGCAUCAACUAUCAUCACCGACACAAAUAUCCACCUCUUCACCAACAUCAAUGAUCUCUCGAAUAACACCAAUCUCAUGUUCGAUAUCGAGAUUCUCAUCGGUACGGUACCUCUGAAGACUGCGUUCAAGACCGAUCAGUAUGAGAUUGAGUGGAAAGUAUCUCCAAAUUUCUCCUUUGAGGAUUAUUUCUUGGGCGGGGAUGGCUCAAAAAUCGUCUUCCAAGGUCAAUACCGUGAGAAAUUCAAUGUCCCCGGCAUUGGCUCUAACCUGGUGACCUUUGAUCCCGAUACAUGGGAAAUGAGCGUCAUCGAUUGGCCGUCUACGCUCCCCGAACAGGCAAUUCCCGGCGGUGCGCCAGCAGUUGUAAAUGUCCCUCAGUUGGGGAUGACAUAUAUUUCUGGUCCAAUGCCCACAACAGAUAUAGAUCAUCCUAAUGAACUCUUUGCGUAUAACUUUACCAGCGGAGAUGUCACGAGGCAUGAGGCGCCGGCCAAAAUUUGGUCGUCUGCAAACUUCGUUCCAGCAGGGAAAAAGGGAAUGGUGGUCAUGAUUGCAGGAGUGGAGCGAUCUGACCUGUCCACACCCAUUCCGCUGGACGAGAUCCAUGUGUACGACAUUGCAGAAGAUAAAUGGUAUCUCCAGCCCACCACAGGAAGAACCCCUCCAGACCGAAGGGGGAGCUGCGCAGUAGUCACGUCCGCAAGUGAUGGCUCCAGUCACCAGAUCCAUGUAUACGGCGGUUCACGACCACUGGACAAGGAUUUCGACCCUCUCAUCGACAACUACUGGGUCCUGAGCGUCCCGCAAUUCGUGUGGACUAAAGGCCCACUCAUCCCAGACCCGCGCAGCAGUGCAAGCUGCGAUCUGCUCGGGAACCAUCGGAUGCUGAUCAGCGCAGGAUACGCCACCACUACCUGUGUGCAGCUGCUUCAAGUUGUCGAUCUGAAUACUGGAAAUGUCACGGAAGAGUUUGGUGUGGAUGAUACUUCUCCGUACCAGGUUCCAGAGUUUGUCCUGAAGGAUAUUGGCGGAGACCCUACUGGAGGAUCAACAGUUAAACCUACCUUUGUGAACGGGCUCGAGGCCGCAUGGAACCAGAUCUAUGUUUAUGACACGAACAAUACCACCCCCGCCGCAGAUGAUAAUGCUCCCCCUGCAGAUGACAAGAAAACCCCCAUCGCCGCCAUUGUCGGCGGAACAGUAGGAGGCGUUGCAGCAGGUGUUCUUCUCCUCGGCGGCUUCCUAUUCAUGAGAAGGCGCAACAAGCAGAAGGCCGCCGCGGCCGCGGCGGCGGCAUCACCCCCACAGCCACCCAUGGACAACGUAGUUCGUGAUGCGGGGCCAUACGAUCCUGGCUAUGCCGGAGUAUACAACCACAGGGACUCUGUCUACUCGACAGCUCCCCCGAAUUAUGGAUCAAAGUCGCCAGAUCCCACUUACACAACACCCGGAUUCCCUGACCUACAGGAAGCGCAGGAAGUGCACGGGGAUAGCACGUCACCGACAAGCAUUGCCCAUGAGCUGCCGGGCAAUGAUGCGCCAACUCGAUAG